GCCUCGGCGGGAGGCGCUCGGCGCUCGCCGCCCACCGCCGCCGGAACAAAAGGCGCGGCUGCAUGGUGGCUGCGGAGCGCCUGGCCGCGCCCGCGCCGCUGCGAGCCCUUCUCCGCUUCCCGCUCCCCCGUUCCCCUUCCCGCCACCAUGUCGGGCAGCGGCGGCGGCAACGGCAACAGCGCGGUGAAGAAGAGGAGCCCGGCGGGCUCGGCCUCCUCGCUGGCGCAGGAGGAGGAGAAGCAGGCGAUGGAGAAGAUGCUGGAGGUGGCGAGCGGCGCGGCUCAGGAGAACGGCUGCGCCCGCUCGCCAUCGCCCUGCGGCUCAGCUGAGGGCGAGGGGGUGACGCUGCAGCGCUCCAUCACGCUGCUCAACGGCGUGGCCAUCAUCGUGGGCACCAUCAUUGGGUCCGGCAUCUUCGUCACCCCUACCGGCGUGCUGCGAGAGGCCGGCUCGCCCGGUUUCUCGCUGGUGGUGUGGGCUGUCUGCGGGGCCUUCUCCAUCGUGGGUGCCCUCUGCUACGCUGAGCUGGGCACCACCAUCACCAAGUCCGGCGGCGACUACGCCUACAUGCUGGAGGUGUACGGCUCUCUGCCCGCCUUUCUCAAGCUCUGGAUAGAGCUGCUCAUCAUCCGGCCUUCCUCACAGUACAUCGUGGCUCUGGUCUUCGCUACCUACCUGCUCAAGCCCCUCUUCCCUACCUGCCCGGUGCCUGACGAGGCUGCCAAGCUGGUGGCUUGUCUGUGUGUGCUGCUGCUCACAGCAGUGAACUGUUACAGCGUGAAAGCUGCUACUCGUGUCCAGGAUGCCUUUGCUGCGGCAAAGCUGCUGGCGCUGGCGCUCAUCAUCAUUCUUGGCUUCGUGCAGCUUGCGAAGGGUGAUGUGUCGAACCUGACUCCUCAGCACUCCUUCGAAGGCACAAAGGUUGAUGUGGGGAACAUCGUCUUAGCUCUCUACAGCGGUCUCUUUGCCUAUGGAGGAUGGAAUUACUUGAAUUUUGUUACAGAAGAGAUGAUCAAUCCCUACAGAAACCUGCCUCUGGCUAUCAUCAUCUCACUACCUGUGGUCACCUUGGUUUAUGUGCUGACAAACCUGGCCUACUUCACGACCCUGUCGACCGAGCAGAUGCUGACGUCCGAAGCCGUGGCUGUGGACUUUGGGAACUACCACCUUGGUGUCAUGUCCUGGAUCAUUCCUGUCUUUGUUGGCUUGUCAUGCUUUGGAUCUGUGAAUGGAUCUCUCUUCACUUCUUCCCGGCUGUUCUUCGUGGGAUCCCGAGAAGGACACUUGCCUUCAAUCCUCUCUAUGAUUCACCCCAGGCUCCUCACUCCCAUGCCAUCCCUCGUCUUUACGUGCAUCAUGACCCUGCUCUAUGCCUUCUCCAACAACAUUUUCUCAGUCAUCAACUUCUUCAGCUUCUUCAACUGGCUGUGUGUGGCUCUGGCCAUCAUCGGCAUGAUGUGGCUGCGCUACAAGAAGCCAGAGCUGGAAAGGCCCAUCAAGGUGAACAUCUGCCUGCCCAUUUUCUUCAUCCUGGCCUGCUUGUUUCUCAUUGCUGUUUCCUUCUGGAUGACACCCAAGGAAUGUGCCAUCGGCUUCGCAAUCAUCUUCAGCGGGAUCCCGAUUUACUUCUUCGGGGUCUGGUGGCAAAACAAGCCCAAGUGGGUCCUCCAAUGCAUCUACUCUGCCACAGUCCUGUGCCAGAAACUGAUGGAAGUGGUUCCCCAGGAAUCCUAAGCAGGAGGAGCAGGGACACUCAGCUCGAGGAACGCACAAUCCUGUUUUGAGACGACACAAGGAGAAAACGCUUCUGACCCCUCGCAGACGAAACCCUGGCACUGGAGCACCCCGGCGGAGCCACCUCUGCCUGACACCACACCUCUGGCUCUGCCUUGUCUCCUCCUGCCCCUCCAUCACCACCCUGUAACCUGGCAGAUGAGAACCCUGCAGUGAGAAGUCCUUGGUACGAAGGUGGGCCAGGAGGAGGAAUUCCUGCUGGCAGCUUCAGAGGGGUCCUGCCUGUCCAGCAGCAGCGAGUCCCAUCAGCAUCUGUGUGUGUGUGUGGUACUGAGGGCUGUGCUCCAGUUCUGUGUAGGCUGACCUGGUUUGGGUCUGGGAUCCUCCAGAUGAUACUAAAUGCGCCCCAUGUGAGUUUUGCCAGCUAUGCAAAUGUGCCUGUGUCUGGAGCUGGGACUGUUGUAGAGCUGCAGGGUGGUCCUGAGCCUGGCCCACCUGCCUUAGCUGGGCAGGGAGAGGUGGUUGGGAGGCAAAGGUUAGCUGAUGUUGGCUCACACACACACACAAACUCAUACCAAAAUACAUGCUGCUGGAUGCUUUGGACUCUGUCCAUUAGCAGUGACUUAGGUGAGACAAGGCAGAGCAGAAUUAGUGUCAGAGAAAUGAUGUGGGGAGGCCUCAUCUGACCUUCACUGCAUUCCUGACUAGAGCGCUUGGGGCCCCUGCCACUGUCUGGCUUGUAACUCUCAGAUCCAAGCCAUCUCCCUGCUAUUGAGGCAGUCCUCUGGAAUGCUCUUCACCAGAACACCCAUCCAUGGCCUGUGACUCAGCCCUGGGGCAGGUGCAAGCCUGUGGGUGGAAUUUCUCCUGAGAAACCCAGGGAAUUGCAAUAAGCAGAAGGCCAAGUCCUUGGCUUGCUCACUCCAUGUUUUUCUGUAGAUAAGCUAUUGACCAGCAUGGAAUGAGCAAUGUUAUGCUCUCCAGAUGACCUUUUUAUUGCCCACAGUAUGGUUCAUGUUCAGCCCCCAAACCAUUUGCAAAGAGAAAAUGAGGGUGGUGGGAUUCCCUUGGCUCCGUCCAUGGGGUCUCUCUGAGCAUUGCCUGUCACUAUGCUCUGCAUUAUGCCAUGCAGUGGAGAUGGGACCAGCUGGGUCUGGGGGUGUAGAAAGGGGCAGAUGUUUAAUUUUGAUCUGCUAUAGAUGGUCUGGUUUGCUUUAAGAAGCAGGGCCUGGGGCCUGGUCCUUCUUAGUGUAAAACUGCAGCAUCAAGUUUGGCCUGGUGAGAUCCCCCACCAACAUCCUCCCCUUCAGGGAGUGGUCUUGGAGCACAAACUAAAACCCACAUGUGAAAUCUUGGUCUGCUGUUGUGGGGCAGUCUCAUCCCCUGGGCCCACCCACACUUCCUCUAGUUCCCAAGUAGUGAAAACUGUCCCCUUAGGACCAUGUUACUUUGUGUGGUCAAAAGUGUCAGCUUUCCAGCAAAACUGCAGCUCUUGAACAUUUUGCUCAUUGUGCCUCUGCGCUUCAGGUGAUAGUUGGAAAUCAAAAGCAUUUUGUCCUCACAAGUGAACUUCAGUCUCUGCUGCAGAUCUUCUUUGUGCUUGUGCUUUGUGCAAAUGGGUUGUUGAGCUAUUUUUUUCUCCUCAGUGUUUCUGUCAACUAAGCUGUUGAGAAGCCAGGAUCCUCCAAGAGCUACAGCUUUCUGCUGGCUUCUCCUCAUAGCGUAGGGUUAUGCUGGAUGAUGAGGCAUUAAGGACACCAAUGGUACUAGCUGAUGCUUUGUCCUUUGAAGCUCUUUAACCUCAAAUAGUGUGUUAGAGCAGGUGGUGACUUCUCUUCUAGUGUCUGUGCCAAUAGCCAUGGCCAUGUCUACGUGCAGCUCUUUGCUAUUGCGUCACCAACCAUGUGUCUGCUUGGAGGCAGUGCAGGAGGAGUAGGUGAGACAAUCAUCACACUGAAAACCUUUGCUGUCAGGUGGCUUAUUCCGUGGCAACUUAAUGUAGAGAUACCCAAACCAGCUUCUCAGGUGCUGCUUUACCUGUGUCAGUGUUGAGCUCUCCUGGAGCUGAGUCAUCCUGUGGAGAGCUGCAGCUGGUUUGGGUGAUGUACACUGUGGAAGAACCCAAAGCUUACAGGCCAUGCCUGGCUCUUCAGGGACCUAUGUGCAAUGAAUUGGAGCAUCUCAGAUCCAGUGCCUGGAGAGAGGCAUUCACAUGAGUAAGGUUGUGCACCAUAAAACCUGGACUCAGUUCUGGGAAUCCUUCCAGAUGAAGGUUGAGAAGUUUGGGCAGAGUUGUCAUGGGAAAUCACUGCUUAUGCUGGACCUGUUGCAU